AAAAACCGUGUAAACAACCGCUGUAAAACGUUAAAUAUUAUGUGUGUUUUUCUUUUAAAAGGAAACAAAAACAAAGAAGUGAUUGGUAGUUGUGAAACAGAAUAGAAAUGUCGUCCCCAGAAGUUGAGAAGUUUGAGAUCACUGAUGAGGAUGUGUACAGCUCCUUCAAUAUCCGAACAGGGAGGAGACAAACAAAAAAUCAGGCAACAUUUGGUAUCUGGGCCGAUGAGGACAGUGAUGAUGAACGACCCGGCUUUGGUACGCGGGGAAAGAAAAAAUCUGACUUCACUGCCCCCAUAGGCUUCGUUAGUGGCGGUAUCAAACAGGGGGACAAAACUUUCAAGCCAGGAGAAGAGGAUGUUCAGGAAGAUGGGGAUGCAAACUUUGACCUUGGGGACAUUGCUCGUCUCAGUUACAGCGGUGUUAAGAAAGAGAAGAUGAGCAGCGGAGGAAGCCGGGGCCGGGCAAAGUUCCCUACUGGAGAAAAGGGGCUAGGUGAUUGGGAGAAGCAUACAAAGGGAUUAGGAAUGAAGCUGAUGCAGAAGAUGGGUUUUGAGGUUGGCAAAGGUCUAGGUAAAAAUAAGCAGGGAAUCACAACUCCAGUGGAGGCUGUAAAGAGGAAGACGCAGAAGGCAGGAAUUGCGUUUCACGGGACAGAGCGGUCGGAACGUUCACUGAUCGACUUUCCUGCAGAGGAUCUAGAGGCAAAGGAAGAGGCGGAGUUUAAAGAACAGCUGUCACAAUGGAGAAAGGAACCAGAAGGAAAAAGGAAGAAAAAGGUAAAAUACACGUACAAGACGGCCCAGGAGGCCAUUGAUACUGGCGGCAACAAGAAGAAAGGGCUCAAAAGUCACAUGUCCAAUGUCAAGGUCAUUGAUAUGACUGGGAAGGAAAAGAAAGUGCUCACAGGGUACCAUACGAUUGCUCAGCGUCAUGACAGGCCGGAUGACGAUGCAGAAGCUCCUAUGGAGACCGGCCGAGGUCGGACAGACGCAUUCAGCAUGCCCGAACUGAUGCAUAACCUCAAUUUACUGGUCGAUAUGAGUGAAGAAGAUAUCAUACAGAAUGACCGCAAACUUCGCCAUGAGAAGGAUCACAUCGUCAACAUGCGUUAUGAGAAAGAGCGACUGGACACUGUUCUUGAACAGGAGGAGAAACUAAUACAGCGCCUCUCCAAGAUCCUUGAUAUCAUCAACACUGUCAACGAGCGAACACACCCGGGAUGUCAGAACCCAGUCACCCUGGAUGAGUGUAUGGCAAUAUUCCGAAUCCUGCAGAACGAUUUCUACAGCGAGUACAAGAUGUAUGAACUGGAAACAUUGGCCGUUGCACUGGUGUUCCCUAUUAUGAACGAGUACUUCAAGAGCUGGGUCCCAAUGCGUGACCCUGGUUAUGGCAUUUCCGUGGUGAAGGAGUGGCAGUAUAUGCUGGGUGACCCCAACCAUGUGUAUGUGCAGGGACAGAACAACAUGGACGUCUACCAGCGACUCAUCUGGGAUGUCUGGCUGCCGCACAUUCGCACAGCAAUACUUCAGUGGCGUGUACGGGAAUGCGACCCUGUGAUCGAAUUGCUUGAAACAUGGAUGCCAGUUUUACCCACAUGGGUUAUGGAGAAUAUUCAAGACCAGCUUGUCCUGCCGCGCCUGCUGGCAGAGGUAGAGGCCUGGAACCCACUCACUGACACGGUCCCCAUACACUCCUGGCUACAUCCAUGGCUUCCUCUUAUGAAGGACAAACUAGAGCCAUGUUAUGCUCCGAUACGUCAGAAACUUGGGAACGCGCUCAUCAACUGGCACCCGUCAGACAGCUCUGCGAAGGUGAUCCUGAAACCGUGGCAUGGUGUGUGGCGGGAGGGCCAUAUGGAGGUGUUUAUGAGGAAGUACAUUCUUCCCAAACUGGAGUUGUGUCUGCAGGAGUUUCCUAUCAAUCCCCACCAGCAAACACUGGAGCCUCUCCAAUGGGUUUUAUCCUGGUCUGACUUGAUCUCACUGCGUUAUAUGGUCCCGUUGUUUGAGAAGUGCUUCUUCUCCCGCUGGUUGCAGGUUCUCUGUACUUGGCUUGGCAACAUGCCAAAUUACGACGAGGUCACAAAGUGGUAUCUCGGGUGGAAAUCGGUCUUCACAGAACAGUAUCUUACACAUCCAGUGAUUAAAGAGAUGUUUACCAAAGCCCUGGACAUGAUGAACCGAGCUGUGUCGGGCCAUUUCCAGCCGGGCGUGAAGGAGAACAUGGCAUACUUCACACACAACGAGCGCCGUAACAUUGCGGAGCCAACAACCACUCUCUCCGGAUCACCUGCAUCCUCCAUACCACAGACUCCCACUCAACCAGAGCCAAGUUUACGGACAUCUUCCUCCACCUAUCCUGCCAGCUUCAGGGAAUUAGUCGAAAGAAAGGCAGAAGAGAAUAACCUGAUCUUCGUGCCGGUUCCUGGGAAGACCCAUGAGGCAAAGCAGGUGUAUCGCUGCGGUUCCGUGCUCGUUUACUUUGAUCGUAGUGUCGUGUUCAUGAUGGAUGAAGCGAUGGGCUCAUAUGUGCCGGUCUCACUACAAAAGCUUAUAGACACUGCUAAAACUGUCAAACGAUGAACACUGAAUAUAUUUAGAGGAGUUAUCAUUAAUGUCUAAAGGAGUUAUGAUACGAAGUAAAGAAAUAAGCUGAACAAAAUUAAUGUAUGAUUUGUUGUCAUUUUGAGCUGUGAAUUUCAGGCCAGAAAUACCAAACAUUGUCAGUAAAAGGAGCAAAGUAAAAAGUAACAGAUUUUUCAAAUGUAUUCUCUGUUAUUACUAUUAAAACUGUAUCAUUUUAUUUUGAUCAAUUUUCGUUUGGCCUUUGAGAAAAAUAUAAAGGUAAAGUUGUGUAUAGUAAACAAUUAAACAUGCCUCAGUUCAAGUACUGUAUGUAGAGACAUAUAAAAUUGCAGAUAAAUAAAUGACUGCCAAAAAU